AUUGGCUGCGGGGCGGGCGCUCUGAGGCUAGAGGGAAGGAGAAGGGAUCAGGAGCGGGAGCGAGGGGGAGGGAGAGGCCGGUCAGUGUCUGGCCGCUGCCGCUGCUUGCCCGAGGUCUCCAGGCCCGGCUGCGGCUCCUUCCUCGACUCCUGGGCACGGUCUGCGAGGCUCCGCCGGCUAGUGUGGGAGAGCCGCGGGCGGCGGCCGCCGCAUCAUGUCAGCCAAGGACGAGCGGGCCAGGGAGAUCCUGAGAGGCUUCAAACUAAAUUGGAUGAACCUUCGAGAUGCUGAGACAGGGAAAAUACUCUGGCAAGGAACAGAAGACCUGUCUGUCCCUGGUGUGGAGCAUGAAGCUCGUGUUCCCAAGAAAAUCCUCAAGUGCAAGGCAGUGUCUCGAGAAUUGAACUUUUCUUCAGCAGAGCAAAUGGAAAAAUUCCGUCUGGAACAAAAAGUUUACUUCAAAGGGCAAUGUCUAGAAGAAUGGUUCUUCGAAUUUGGCUUUGUGAUCCCUAACUCCACAAAUACCUGGCAGUCCUUGAUAGAGGCAGCACCUGAGUCCCAGAUGAUGCCAGCCAGCGUCCUAACUGGGAAUGUUAUCAUAGAAACAAAGUUUUUUGACGACGAUCUUCUCGUAAGCACAUCCAGAGUGAGACUUUUCUACGUUUGAGAGAAGAAUGAGUGUGCACUUCAAGAAUUUGGGUUUUGGGUAGGGAGGAGGAAACCGUUUACUUUUUUCCUCCACAUGUUUGAUUUAUGACACUUCACCCCUGAUUCCCUUGACGCAGAGCCUGUCUGUGGCCACCAGGGGACCAGCUCCGUGUAGGUAACCAGAUGGCUUUUUUCUCCCAAGCCCCCAUCUUCCACUGACCAGAUUAAACUCCAACCCCAGACCAAGGUAGGGGACUUGCCUGGACUCCUUCCUGGUGCAAGCAGGGAACAAACCAAUGCCAGGAACUGAUAUUGCGGUCACCCAUCCCGCCUCCUCCUUGGACCCUGCAGGCUUCCUUUGCCCUUGGUUUUAGAAAAAUUCAUGUUCCUGACCCAUGUUUAGUUUUUUCCUACCAUUUCUAUUUCAUACAUUCUCAUACAUUUAACUUGUAAAAUAGACUGUGAUAUUAUUACAUAAUGUAAUUAAAACAUGAAUUAAAAUAUUCCUACAGUUUUAGCAUGG